GGAAAACGGGAGAGGUGGCUUUCCCGGCAUGCUCUGCAGCACACUGAGGGGCGCCAGACGCAUCCCGGCGUGCAACGGGGAGCGCCCAAGGGCGAUGGUUCACGGCUCCUGGAGGGGCAGACGAAGUUGAGCCGGAUGAGAAGGCAUUUGUGACUAUGUAUUGACUUCAAUUUUCUUACUACUGAAUUUCUUACUGGAAUCAUGGAAGAGAAACAGCAAAUUAUAUUGGCCAAUCAAGAUGGUGGGAAAGUGACAGGAGCAGCACCUACCUUCUUUGUCAUCCUAAAACAGCCAGGAAAUGGCAAAACUGAUCAAGGAAUUUUGGUUGCUAAUCGAGAUGCCUGUGCUUUGUCAAGUAGGGUGUCAUCACCAGAAAAAUCUAAAGGCAAGAUUUGCCUUCCAGCUAACUGUACUGUGGGAAGAAUCACCGUCACCCUGGAUAACAACAGUAUGUGGAAUGAGUUUCAUCACAGAAGCACAGAGAUGAUUCUGACCAAGCAGGGAAGACGAAUGUUUCCUUAUUGUCGCUAUUGGAUAACAGGCUUAGAUUCAAAUUUAAAGUAUAUCCUUGUAAUGGACAUAUCUCCUGUGGAUAAUCAUCGUUAUAAGUGGAAUGGCCGUUGGUGGGAACCCAGUGGGAAGGCUGAACCCCAUAUUUUGGGGAGAGUUUUCAUUCAUCCAGAAUCUCCUUCCACAGGUCAUUAUUGGAUGCAUCAACCAGUAUCUUUCUAUAAACUCAAACUUACCAACAAUACACUGGACCAGGAAGGGCAUAUUAUUUUGCACUCUAUGCAUCGUUACCUGCCAAGGCUUCAUUUGGUGCCUGCAGAAAAGGCUACAGAAGUGAUACAAUUAAAUGCCCCUGGUGUUCAUACUUUUACUUUCCCCCAGACUGAAUUCUUUGCAGUAACAGCUUAUCAGAACAUUCAGAUUACCCAGUUGAAAAUAGAUUACAAUCCAUUUGCCAAAGGCUUUCGGGAUGAUGGGUUGAGCAGUAAGCCCCAGAGAGAUGGAAAACAAAAGAAUAGCUCUGAUCAAGAAGGCAAUAAUAGUGUUUCUAGUUCUCCUGGUCACCGUGUUCGCCUUACAGAAGGCGAGGGAUCAGAGAUACAUUCAUGUGAUUUUGAUCCAGUGGUAAGGGGUCAUGAAACAUCAAACCUAGGUUUGGAGAAGCCUUCCCAUAAUGUAAAACAAGACCUUGGAUUUAUGAGUACUGAUUCAGCACUUGAAGUUCCUCAGUUGAAACAUGAGAUUUCUGAAAAUCUUAUUUCGAACAGUUUUGAAGAUGAUUCCCAGAUUGCCUCACCAUUAGACCCAAAUGGAAACUUUAAUGUCGUCAUUAAAGAGGAGCCUCUAGAUGAUUAUGAUUAUGAACUUGGUGAAUGCCCAGAAGGGAUUGCUGUGAAACAAGAAGAGACAGACGAGGAAACGGAUGUAUACUCAAACAGUGAUGAUGAUCCUAUAUUAGAGAAACAACUAAAGAGGCACAAUAAAGUUGAUAACUUGGAAGCUGACCAUCCAUCUUGUAAAUGGCUACCAAGUAGCCCAGGUGUUGUCAAAACUAAAACGCUUAAAGUAGAUACUGGAAAAAUGCCAGUAGUUUACCUGGAGCCAUGUGCUGUUACAAAAAACACAGUGAAAGUUUCUGAACUUCCUGAUAGUAUGCUUUCCAUAUCUCGAAAAGAUAAAGCUCUGUUGGAGGAAUUAGAAUAUUUGCCUGCAUAUAUUGAAAAUUCCGGUGGGACUGGCUUUUGCUUAAGCAACGAUUCAGAAAAUAGUCUCAGAAAACAUUCAUCAGAUCUCAGAAUGGUGCAAAAGUAUACUUUACUUAAAGAGCCUCAUUGGAAAUAUCCUGACCUGUCUGACAACAGUAACACAGAAAGAAUACAUGACAGUUCAAAGGGAUCAGUUGGAGACUCAUUUUCAGGAAAAGAGGACUUAGGCAAAAAGCGAACACCUAUGCUUAAAAUGACAACAACCAUGAAGUCUGUGAAUGCUAGUCAGAGUGCCUCCCCAAAUACUCCUGGAAAAAGAGGAAGACCAAGAAAGUUGAGACCCUCCAAAGCAGGGCGACCACCUAAAAACACAGGGAAGUCUUUAUCUGCUGCAAAGAGUCUUCCUGUAGGCCCUGGAACUACCUUCCCUGAUGUGAAGCCUGACCUAGAAGACGUGGAUGGCGUGCUCUUUGUCUCCUUUGAGUCAAAGGAGGCUCUAGAUAUUCAUGCAGUUGAUGGGACAACAGAAGAACCUUCUAGUCUUCAGACCACAGCCACAAAUGAUCCAGCUUGCAGAACAAGAAUUUCCCAGUUGGAAAAGGAAUUAAUAGAAGAUUUGAAGACUUUGCGGCAUAAGCAGGUGAUACAUCCUGCUCUUCAAGAAGUGGGCUUAAAACUGAAUUCAGUGGAUCCAACAAUGAGCAUUGAUCUUAAAUACUUGGGGGUACAGCUGCCUUUGGCUCCAGCCACUAGCUUUCCCUUAUGGAAUGUGACAGGAACCAACCCUGCCUCACCUGAUGCUGGGUUUCCUUUUGUUUCUAGGACAGGGAAGACCAAUGACUUCACCAAGAUCAAGGGAUGGAGAGGAAAAUUUCAUGGUGCUUCUGCAUCUAGGAAUGAAGGUGGAAAUUCAGAGGCCUCACUGAAAAACCGUUCUGCUUUCUGUAGUGAUAAGCUAGAUGAGUACUUGGAAAACGAAGGCAAGCUGAUGGAAACAAGCAUGGGUUUCUCCUCCAGUGCUCCCACAUCUCCUGUAGUGUACCAGCUCCCCACCAAGAGUACCAGCUACGUUCGAACUCUUGAUAGUGUACUUAAGAAGCAAGCUACCGUUUCCCCUUCCACCUCUUACUCUGUGAAGCCUCACAUUGUGACCACUGCCUUUCGGAAAACAAAGUCUCAAAACAAACAGACAGCACUGAGUGGCCGAACUAAAUCAUCUUUUAAGUCUAUUUUACCAUACCCUGUUUCACCAAAGCAGAAAAACUCACAUGUGAUUCCAGGAGAUAAAAUUACCAAGAAUUCAGUAAGUACAACUUCAGAUAAUCAGGUGACCAACUUGGUUGUGCCAUCUGUAGAUGAAAGUGUAUUUCCAAAGCAGAUUAGUUUGCGGCAGGCACAACAGCAGCACCUACAGCAGCAGGGAACUCGCCCUCCAGGCUUGUCAAAAUCUCAAGUAAAGCUUAUGGACCUGGAAGAUUGUGCGCUCUGGGAAGGAAAACCGAGGACCUAUAUUACCGAAGAGAGAGCAGAUGUCUCCUUAACAACUCUGCUUACUGCUCAAGCAUCCCUCAAAACUAAACCUAUCCACACAAUCAUAAAGAAAAGGGCUCCUCCAUGCAACAAUGACUUCUGUCGCCUGGGUUGUAUAUGCUCCAGUCUAGCUUUGGAGAAGCGCCAACCUGCUCAUUGCCGUCGACCAGACUGCAUGUUUGGUUGCACUUGUUUGAAAAGAAAAGUUGUGUUGGUUAAAGGGGGAUCUAAAACAAAGCAUUUUCAUAAGAAGGCUGCUCGUCGAGAUCCAUUAUUUUCUGAUACACCGGGAGAGGAAGCAAGGGAAGGAGGAGGAGUCAGAGAAGAUGAGGAACAAUUGAAGGAGAAAAAGAAGAGAAAGAAGCUGGAAUACACUGUGUGUGAAGCAGAACCUGAGCAGCCUGUUCGACAUUACCCACUGUGGGUGAAAGUGGAAGGUGAAGUAGAUCCAGAGCCUGUUUACAUCCCGACACCUUCUGUCAUUGAACCUGUGAAACCAUUGGCAUUACCUCAGACGGAUGUAUCUUCCACUACCGUGAAGAGCAAAGUACUCACUGGAAUUAAACCAGCUCGAGCAUAUACUCCCAAGCCCAAUCCUGUGAUACGAGAAGAGGACAAAGAUCCAGUCUAUUUGUACUUUGAAAAUAUGAUGACUUGUGCCCGAGUUCGAGUGUAUGAACGGAAGAAAGAGGAACAGAGGCAACCAUCUCCACCCCUGUCCCCAUCUUCAUUAUUUCAGCAGCAGGGCUCAUGCUAUUCCAGUCCUGAGAACCAUGUUACAAAGGAACCUGAUUCAGAACAGACCUUAAAGCAACUCAUUUGUGACUUGGAGGAUGAUUCUGAUAAAUCACAAGAAAAGAUCUGGAAGUCUUCCUGCAAUGAAGGAGAGUCUUCUUCUACCUCUUAUGUACAUCAGAAGUCACCUGGUGGUCCCACCAAACUGAUAGAGAUCAUCUCAGACUGCAACUGGGAAGAAGAUCGGAGCAAGAUCUUGAGCAUUUUAUCUCAGCACAUCAAUAGCAACAUGCCACAGUCACUUAAGGUGGGCAGCUUCAUCAUUGAGUUGGCUUCUCAGCGGAAGUGUCGGGGUGAGAAGAACCCUCCUGUUUAUUCUUCUCGGGUGAAAAUCUCUAUGCCAUCAAGUCAAGACCAAGAUGAUAUGGCUGAGAAAUCUGGAUCAGAGACUCCUGAUGGUCCAUUGUCCCCUGGGAAAAUGGAUGAUAUCUCUCCUGUGCAGACAGAUGCCCUGGAAUCAGUGAGGGAGAGAUUGCAUGGAGGCAAAGGUUUGCCUUUUUAUGCAGGGCUUUCUCCUGCGGGGAAGCUUGUGGCCUAUAAACGUAAACCCAGUUCAACUACAUCUGGGCUUAUCCAGGUUAAUGGUAAGAGUUACCCGCAGGCUAAGUUGCUAUUGGGACAGAUGGGGGCAUUGCAUCCAGCCAAUAGGCUAGCUGCUUAUAUCACAGGCAGGUUGCGACCCUCAGUCCUGGACCUCUCAACCCUCAGUACUGUCAUCUCCAAGGUAGCAUCCAAUGCCAAGGUGGCUGCAUCCAGGAAACCACGCACCCUGUUGCCUUCAACAUCUAAUUCCAAAAUGGCAUCCUCUGGCCCAGCAACAAACCACUCUGGGAAGAAUCCGAAGGCAUUUGUUCCAGCAAAAAGGCCAAUUGUGGCUCGGCCCUCUCCUGGUGGUGUGUUUACACAAUUUGUGAUGAGCAAAGUUGGCGCCUUACAGCAGAAGAUACCUGGAGUUCGCACACCCCAACCCCUGACAGGGCCACAGAAGUUCAGUGUCAGGCCUUCUCCAGUAAUGGUCGUCACACCUGUGGCUUCUUCUGAGCCAGUUCAGGUGUGCAGUGCUGUAACCACUGCUGCCACUACUUCCUCUCCAGUGUUUUUAGAAAAUAUUACUGCUGUGACAUCAAUGACUGCUAUUUCUGAUAUGGGAGCUAAAGAAGCUUCUUGUUCUUCUGGUGCCUCUGCUGCUGGGGUUGAGAUCUCUGAAACUAAUAACACUACCCCUGUAACAUCUACACAGUCUACAGCUACUGUGAACCUUAUCAAAACUACCGGGAUAACUACUAGCCCCAUGGCUUCAGUUUCAUUCCCUAAAUCAGUGAUAGCAUCUCCAACCAUAACUCUUCCUGUUGCUUCCACUGCUUCCACCUCCAUAGUCAUGGUGACCACAGCUGCAUCUUCCUCUGUGGUGACCACACCAACCUCAUCACUGAGUUCUGUACCUAUUAUACUCUCGCCAGUAAGCCAGAGACCAGAAAAUGCUUCUCAAAUCCCAGUGACUACUUCACAGAUCUCUCCUAACACCGUGAAACGCACUGGACCUCGAUUGUUGUUGAUUCCUGUACAGCAGGGUUCUCCUACGCUCAGACCCAUCUCAAACCCACAGCUUCAGGGGCAGCGGAUGGUCUUGCAGCCUGUUAGGAGUCCAAGUGGAAUGAACCUAUUUAGACAUCCCAAUGGGCAGAUUGUCCAACUCCUACCUUUACAUCAAAUUCGAGGCUCUAAUACCCAGCCCAGCUUACAGCCGGUGGUGUUUCGGAACCCAGGAUCUGUGGUGGGAAUCCGACUACCAGCUCCUUCCAAACCUUCUGAGACUCCAUCAUCAUCUACUUCAUCCUCCACCUUCUCUGUCAUGAGUCCUGUAAUUCAGGCUGUUGGGUCUUCUCCGACAGUAAAUGUUGUUACUCAGGCACCUUCAUUGCUUUCCUCUGGAUCUAGUUUUGUCUCUCAGGCUGGUACACUGACUCUGAGAAUUUCUCCUCCUGAAACUCAAAACCUUGCAAGUAAAACAAGCUCUGAAAGCAAAAUCACACCCAGCACUGGAGGGCAGCCUGUUGGCACCGCUAGUCUCAUUCCUCUGCAGUCAGGUAGCUUUGCCUUGUUGCAGCUCCCAGGGCAAAAGCCUGUUCCUAACUCUAUUCUUCAACAUGUUGCUUCCCUUCAGAUAAAAAAGGAAUCUCAGAAUGCAGACCAAAAAGGUGAAACAAACUUUAUCAAAAGAGAGGAAGAAACUAAGAAAGCUCUACCAUCAAAAGAAGAAGCUGUAGACUCUGAGGUGAAUAUAAUCAAACAAAACUCAGGAAUUCUUGCCUCAGAAGAUACCUUGAAUGAUUCAUUGGAUGAUGGGGGUGAUCUUUUCGAUGAAGAAACCCUUGCAGAAGAUGCUAGAACUUACGAACACUCCUGUAGCACUGGGUCACACACAGAUGAAGACAAAGAUGGUGAUGAAGGAUCUGGGAAUGGGAGUCAGAACAGUCCAAAGGAAAAACAGACUGUUCUAGAAGUUAGGGCUGUUUCUGAAAAGGUCAAUAUUAUGACAGCCCACAGUGUUAGUAAAGUACGGCCUCAAAAAUGUGCUGAGGUGAAGAUGGAACAGGAGCAGGGAUCAGACAAUCCAGAGGACCCAGAUGAAUUUCUAGUCAUCUCUAAGGAAGAAAGUAAAUUUGAAAUAGCAGGGAGCCAACUUAAGGAACAACAGUCUAACUCACAGGCAGAGGCCAAGAAGGAAUAUGGAGACCCUCUGGGGAAGGACAGUUGUACUGAGAGAUGGAGAAAACAUCUGAAGGGCCCUUUAACUAAGAAGUACAUUGGAAUUACACAGGAAUAUAAGAAGGAGGCAAACAUGCAGUUCUUUACAGAAAGGAAGCCAUGUCAAGAAAAUUCUGAACAGGACAUCUUACUUUCAAAAAGUGGAACUAUUGAGAGUGAUGGCGUUUUAAAAACCGAGGAUAGUUGUUGGAGUGGCAUUUCUAGUUCGGCAGCCUUCUCUAUUAUUCCUAGGAGAGCUGCAAAAGGAAGAAGAGGGAGCAGACAUUUUCAGGGCCAUUCACUGCUCCCAAGAGAACAGAUAAAACCAAAGCAAGAGACAAAGGGAGGGAGAAGCAGUGCUGACUUCACUGUUUUGGAUUUGGAAGAGGAGGAUGAGGAAGAUGAGAAUGAGAAAACCGAUGAUUCUAUUGAUGAGAUUGUGGAUGUUGUUUCUGGCUACCAGAGUGAGGAGGUUGAUGUAGAAAAGGUGAAUAACUAUGUAGACUAUAUUGAGGAUGAUGAGCAGGUGGAUGUUGAGACUAUAGAAGAGCUCUCAGAAGAAAUUAACAUUCCCUAUAAGAAGAACACACCACCUCACACCCAAUCCUUCAAACAGCCGUGUCAUAGCCAUAUCUCUGCAGAUGAAAAAGCUUCUGAAAAGAGCCGAAAGGCUCCACUAAUAUCUCCAAAAUUGAAAGAUGAUUGCUGGAGUGAUAAACCACAGAAAGAAACAGAAGCCUUUGCAUAUUACCGUCGGACACAUACUGCCAAUGAGCGGCGGCGACGUGGUGAAAUGAGGGAUCUCUUUGAGAAAUUGAAGAUUACAUUGGGAUUACUUCAUUCUUCCAAAGUUUCUAAAAGUCUCAUUCUUACUCGGGCAUUCAGUGAAAUUCAAGGACUGACAGAUCAGGCAGAUAAACUGAUAGGACAGAAAAAUCUCCUGAGUCGAAAACGAAAUAUUUUAAUACGGAAGGUAUCGUCUCUUUCAGGGAAGACAGAAGAAGUGGUCCUGAAGAAGCUAGAGUAUAUUUAUGCAAAACAACAAGCACUAGAGGCACAAAAAAGGAAAAAGAAGAUGGGAUCAGAUGAGUUUGGUGUGUCUCCCAGAAUUAGCAAACAGUUGGAAGGAUCUUCUACGUCAUCUGUAGAUCUUGGACAGAUGUUCAUAAAUAACAGGAGGGGGAAACCUUUGAUCCUUUCCAGGAAAAGAGACCAGGCUACAGAAAAUGCCUCACCUUCUAACACUCCACACUCUUCUGCCAACCUAGUGAUGACUCCACAGGGGCAGUUGCUUACCCUAAAAGGCCCCUUAUUCUCAGGACCAGUGGUAGCUGUUUCUCCUGCUCUCUUAGAAGCUGAUCUAAAGCCUCAAGUUACAAGCAGUACUAUGGCUCAGUCAGAGAAUGAUGACUUAUUUAUGAUGCCACGAAUUGUUAAUGUGACAUCACUGGCUGCAGAGGAAGAUUUGGGAGAUAUGGGUGGUAGCAAAUAUGCUCAUGAAGUUCCUGAUGGCAAGUCACUUGACCACCUGAGAGACAUUGUUGGAAAUGAUUGUAGCUCCUUGAAAGAUGCAGAUCGAAUCUCUUCCAGAGGAAACCAUAGAGAUGGCAGAAUAGCACUGGGUACAACACAAGUAUUUUUGGCAAAUAAAGAUUCUGGGUUUCCACAUGUAGUUGACAUGUCCAGUAUGAAGGCAGCACAGGAGUUUAUACCUAAAAAGAUUUCUAGGGAUAUGAGAGGGCGUCGGUAUAAGUGGAAAGAAUGUGAAUUGAGAGGAGAGAGACUGAAGUCAAAGGAAUCUCCGUUUCAUAAAUUAAAAAUGAAGGAUCUCAAGGACUCAAGCAUAGAGAUGGAACUAAGAAAAGUAGCCUCAGCUAUUGAGGAAGCAGCCCUUGAUCCCAGCGAGCUGAUGACUAACAUGGAAGAUGAGGAUGACACUGACGAGACACUGACUUCACUGCUCAAUGAAAUCGCCUUUCUUAAUCAGCAACUAAAUGAUGACUCUGGCCUGGCUGAAAUGCCUGGCUCUAUGGAUACAGAAUUCCCAGGGAAUUCUCAGCAAGCUUUUAUCAGUAAACUUGCUCCUGGGAACAGAUCAGCUUUCCAAGUUGGACACUUGGGAACAGGUGUGAAAGAGUUGCCUGAUGUCCAAGAGGAGAAUGAAUCAAUCAGCCCCCUCCUCUUGCAUUUGGAAGAUGAUGACUUUUCUGAGAAUGAAAAACAACUUGGGGACACAGCCUCUGAGCCAGAUGUCCUUAAGAUUGUUAUUGACUCUGAGAUAAAGGAUUCUCUUGUUUCCCAUAGGAAAUCUGGUGAUGGAGGGCACAGUACUUCUGGACUCCGUGCACGGACUGAAAAUGUAUCUUCACCUCCCAUCUUACACAUGAAGACCAGCCCAGAGAACAGCAACACAGAUACUUUGUGGAGGCCUAUGCCAAAGUUGGCCCCUUUAGGUUUAAAAGUAGCUAAUCCCCCUAGUGAUAGCGAUGGUCAGAGUCUCAAGGUGAUGCCUUCCUUGGCACCUAUAGCUGCCAAAGUUGGGUCAGUUGGACACAAAAUGAACUUAACAGGGAGUGAUCAGGAAGGCCGGGAGAGCAAGGUGAUGCCUACAUUGGCACCCGUUGUGGCUAAAUUGGGCAACUCUGGGGUUCCAUCAAACUUUUCAGGGAAAUGAACUUGUUCAUCCUCAUGCAAAAGCCAGGCUAUGAGGGAAAGUUGACUUUCACCUCCUUUCUCUGUAGGCAUCUGUUUGUCUUAUGGAACUAUAAUCCUAGAUUUUGAUUAUGUGUGGAUAUUAAUAGAGAAAGGGGGUAGGGUGCUGGUCCUGGUGUUUGAAAUUUUGAUCAUGUUCAAAAUGUGUUACCUCACUUGUGGUGCUGGGUCCCCUCAUCUUCUCUGAGAAGGUGUGAUCCCUCUUGCCCAAGGAAUUCAUAACAAGACUCUGGUUCCAUCUGAUACUAUAUUUUUUUUUCCCUGAGAAAAUGCUUGAGACUUGGGAUUACUAUGGACUAAACUGUAGGCGAUAGUUGUUAGCUCUAAAAUCUAAGAAUUGUGAUACAGUUGUGUCAAGGGACCUAGAAAGAAUUUUCAGUUGUUAUUUCAACAGUAGGACAUCAUAGAGCUGGACAUGGUAGUGCACACUUGUAAUUCCAGCACUUAGAAUGACUACAGCAAGAGGGUUGCAAGUUUGUGUCUGUCCUGGGCUAUAAAGGGCACACCACAUGUACCACCACACACACACACACACACACACACACACACACACACACACACACACACACACACCUAAUUGGGGUGGGAGGGCAAAGGAGGGAAGAAUGUUAUGGUAGAUAGGAUGGAUACUAUGGAAUACCAAAGUGGAGGCUUUUUUGUCAGUCGGCAGACUGUUCUUUCAUAUCCUGAAUAGCUGUUUCCUUAGCCUUUCAGUCAUAAAUUUAAGUUUUCUGGUAAAGUGGGAAUAUACUUUAACUUUUACUAUUAAUGUCCUUAUUUUGAGAGGCUAAAAAAGAGAGAGUUCUCCCUUACUGUCUUUUUGGGUACUGAAAAGAUUAUAAUGCCAGGGAUUUCUACCCUCUAUUUGUUUUGUUUUUGUUUUUGUUUUUUUAGAGGUAGACAUAGAGGUAGCCCUACCCUUUCCCAAAUCAUGUCACUCAAGAAACAGCUAAAAUGAAAAGCAGUUUCUCCCCUGACCAGAGACCAUAGCCAAAAUAAAAUAUGUGGGGCUGGAUAUCCCAAAUGAAACCAGCCUCUGGGUGCUUGAAGGUUUUGUUCACAGUUACCUGCACAGGAUAUCAAGAAAAGGCGAGUCACAGUAGGCAUUCUUUACCAGGGAAUUAAGGCAGUAUUUGAGUCACAAAAUAUAUUUUUUAUCUGCUACCAUGGCAUCAAUGAUCUAUAGAGCUUUUUCACUCAUUAACUGUCAGGAUAUGAAGGACUGACAACCUGUAAAGAUGAAGAUAUUUAUAUUUUUGUAUAGUUGUUUUCAUAGAUUUCUCAAAGGAUAAAGUUUUCAACCUAGAAGAGAUUUGUAUUGAGUAUAGAAAUGUUUCCUAUCUAGUUUGUAAAUAAUCAUGGUGCAUUUGGAAACUCCUGGGGCAAGAAUCACUGUUCUGAAAAUGUAUAGACUGAGAUUUAGCUGCUGCAUUUUGCCUUUCUUAAAUAAUUAUAUUUUGGAAUGUAAUCUGUUCUGUCUUCAAUGACAGGAUUUGCUUGUGUUGUAAAACACUUUAACACAAGUGCUUCCGGUGCCUGGGCUGUGCCUGGGUAAUUCUAUUUCUUUUACAUCCCUGCCUUCUUUAUCCCAAGUCCCAUUCAGUGUACCUUCAGACCUAGGUUGUGAGACCAACUUUGGAAUGAAUCUAGCCAGCGAAUUAUUAUUUCCUUGUUUGGUUCCCUUUUUAGAUUAACUCUGAUCAUCAUCACGGUGAAAUAAUGAAAAAACUUCCACUGCAAAGUACAGUGGUAGUAAAUUCUUGGUUUUGUGCUGCUUGUCUUCCUGGACAGGUCAUCAGCACUUCGCCUUCCCUGUUUACUACAAAAGCCUGAUGUAGUAAAGACAUUAUUCCUCAGCUUCUCCUUUGUCCUUUCUGCCCUCUACCCAACUGACUUUAUCCAAUGCCUUAGCCAAGGAGUGCAGCACCUGUCGCCCUUGCUAACAGCUGUCCUUGGAGACACUAGUUCUUUAGCCCGGGUAUAGCAGUUUCCGGUGGUUUUAUUGCCUGUUUCUUUGCCGUGUUUCCUUCUGGCUUCCCAAGGCCCUUCUAGCUUUUGAGAGUCAGACAAGAAACAGACAAAGGAGUGAAAAAUCCUCAGGAAAAGAAGGACCAUUUUAGCUUCUGAAUUCUUUCUUUCUUUCUUUCUUUCUUUCUUUCUUUCUUUCUUUCUU